AGCACACCAGAGCAGAGAGGCCGCGACCAGAGUCCAGACCGUUCUCCGUGUCUCUCUCCCCGCGCCACUCCGCGCCCUUCCGAAGCAUCGCCCGCCCGCGAUGGGCUCGCCGCCGCUCCGCACCGUGCACCUCCGCCGCUCGUCGCCGGGCGACACCGUGGCGAUCGCGGUGGACGGCGGCUCCGGGGUGGACCUGACCCGGGUGGGGCUCGCGCUGGGGCUGGACCCGGCCUCCGUCCGCCCCAACGGCUACUUCCUCAGCCGCGGCCCGGGCCACGUCUGCUCCGCCGUCACGUGGCGCGCGCUCCUCAACUUCUUCGCCGCGCGCGGGCUGCCCACCGGCGCGGACGCCGCCGCGCCCGUCGCCGUGGACGGCAAGCCAGCCGCGCCUCCUGCCCCGACCUCAGAUCCUACAGCUCUUGUGUGCUCAAAGCGAAAAUCUGGACUCGAGGUACAAAGGCGUUCCAAGAGGACCAAGCCUCAAGAGAACAGAUCAUCUCUUUCCAAACGAAGUGAUGAUGUACUUAGUGAAGAAAUCGUCCUUGGUUUGAAGAGAAGACUCAGAUUGGAUGACACAAUUCCAGCAAAGAAGAUUAAGCAAGAGGAGCACGGCUCAGACACACAGCAGCCGGUUAAAUUCUCUUGCAGCUUUGUAAAUGCAAAUGGAAAGCGGCCACGGGAGGAGGAGAUGAUUGCCUCACUUUCAUGUAAAAGAGUUCGGUGAUAACAGUGACAGAGAAUGCGCACAAACCUUUGAAAACACGCACGGUGACAGAGAAUGCGUAGAAGCCUUUGAAAACACGCAAACACGCGUCACGGCAUCGGUUCGCUCAAGACAUCCUCCAGAGCUGAGGUAAAUUGUCAUGUCUUGUCAGGUAGGCUUCAUCAACCAAAGGCCAUAGAAUUUUGCUUGGAAACAGUUGUUGAUGCAGCUAUUGUAUGCUGCACUUCAGCAGCCCCGUGUACAUCCGUGUGCUUGAUAUCUGUAACUAGAAAAAUGUUAUCUGUAAAUAUCAAAAUGCCUGUAACUGGAGUUUAA